AUGGUGUAUCGCUCUGCGACAGAAAAAGACCCUUCUCUCAGUCUGCAGGUCCUGUUGCUGGUUCUUUUUGGAACCAUCGCGAACUCCCCCGCAGGUCGCGGAAACCUCGUGAAGACUUUAAACAUCCACUGCUACGUUCCGCAGAUUUUCGCCAGUACAUUCACCAGGGUUCUAGAGGCUUUAUUCCCUUUUCUGCCUCGGCUUUCCACCUUUGCACACACGUCACUAACCGCCCUCCCGACGUCCGCGACAAUACCUAUACUGCCAGAAUCUGUUUCGCAAUUGCGCUUAGAAGGAAUCUCAUACACGCAACUCUUUGAAAUUCUGUGCCGAUCGAACACAAGUUUGCAUUCGCUCUGGCUUCGCGUGCCUCGUAUCGAUCCCAGCUCAGACCAAACAGUGACUCUUCCGUCACUCCGCUCCUUGGUUUUAGAACCCGAUAUCGACAGAGAUGACGACGACGUCGAGCAUGAACUUAACUUCGUAACGCGACAUUGGUGCCUUCCGUGUCUAUCAGGAUGCACCUUUUCUCGCCAAGUGACAGGGAGUAGGAGUGAACGUAAACUAUCGAACGCCGUUGUGUUGUUCCUCUCCAAGCACGGGAAAAACCUCAAGUUUCUGCACUUACAUCCUUCUCUGUACGAAAAUUAUCCUGAAUAUUUUCUCCCUUCUUUGCGACAAUUGCCGCAACAUUGUCCCUAUCUCGAACAUCUCAUCAUCCCACCCUGUGUCUUCACCGACCCUGAACUUCGUCCACCGAUUUUUGUGCAUCCUACCCUGAAGUGGAUUGACUUCUGGCAAAACCCGGAAGGCGAGCGGGGCCGGAGUUCGAAAUAUUGGCUUUCACGAACACCUGUUUCAUGCGACGACCUACCGGAGUUGGAGGGUGCACGAAUGCUCUCCGAGUUACCCCGCAGCCUGUUUGAAUGGCUCGAAACUUUUCCUCCGGACGCCGUGAAAAAAGCUGAUCGGACCUUCGCCAUCGAUUCUUUUCAGAAUCAGCUUGUGCACGGAGUAGGGCACGUUACAUGGAGACGCCCGGAUUGGACCAAUUAUGAGAUGGACGUUGAUAGUGAUUCUGCCAGCGACUCGGAAGUUUCGUCCAACAAUGACCACACCUCGUUAACGGUCUGGGACAAAAUUGGAUGGGUGGAAUACGACACAGAAUCUUCCGACGGAAGUUAUCGCUAUGAAACGGAAAGUGAAAGCACAGAUCAACUAUCUUCGGAUGUCGAAUUCGAUGGUCCUAUAUCUGCAGACGAUGAUGCUGAGAUGGAUAUGUUGGAUAUGCCAUUGCCAUUGUGA